GUGACAAACAUUCCGCCGUCCCAAUCAGCGGCAUCCAGUGGAGGGACGGCCAAUCGGGAGCACUGGUGGGCGGUGCGGCCCGGCCAGUUCGAUUUGGCGGUUCGACUCCAACAUGGCUGAAGCUGGCCUCCCCACUGAAGCAGCGGCUGAGGGAAAGCCUGGCGGGCCGUCUCCGGAAUCCGUGCCAUCUGGCACUACCAUUUCCCGGGUGAAGCUCCUCGACACCAUGGUGGACACCUUUCUCCAGAAGCUGGCCGCCGCCGGGAGCUACCAGAGAUUCACUGAUUGUUACAAGCACUUCCACCAGCUGCAGCCUGAGAUGACCCAGCAGAUCUACGACAAGUUUGUCACUCAGUUGCAGGCAUCUAUCCGGGAGGAAAUCUCAGAAAUUAAAAAGGAGGGGAACCUAGAAACUGUCUUAAACUCCUUGGAUAAAAUUGUGGAAGACGGCAAAAACCGCAAGGAGCCCGCCUGGCGCCCCAGUGGGACCCCAGAGAAAGACCUGUGCAGCGUCCUGGCGCCCUACUUCCUACAGCAGCGGGAUACCCUCCGGCGCCAUGUGCAGAAGCAAGAGGCCAAGAACCAGGAGCUGGCGGCAGCCGUCCUGGCAGGGCGCAGACAAGUGGAGGAGCUGCAGCGGCAGGUGCAGGCCCGGCAGCAGGCCUGGCAGGCUCUGCACAGAGAACGCCAGGAACUGGCAGCGGUGCUGAAGGAGCCCGAGUGAGCGGCACGGCGGGCCCUGGAGUGGAGCAGAGGGCGGUCAAGGUCACGGCCCAUGGCCAGCGUGCUGGGUCCUAAUCCAGAGGACAGAUGAAACGGUGCCCGUCCCAGAACCAGCUGGAGCAAGGCAUACUACCUCUGCGCCACUGCGGCUCCCUCAGGGGUCAUUGCCACUCCAGAUGACUCCCCAUUGUCUUCUACCCUGGGAGUCAGAUGCUGGGCUUUCUCUCGGCUCAGUGCAGGCCAGCAUUGUCCCCUACACCCUCCUGCUUCCUGAACCCCACCUCCGGCCAGGAAUAUUUUCAAUCUCCACUGAUUGCCAUCUUGCUGGCCAGCCCAGGGGCACUUGCCAUGUUCUGCCCACAUCUGUAAAUAAACUUCCUCUGCUACACUGUAA